GUAUAACCCGUUUGCUGCAUUGAACGGCGAGCCUCCAAGGGCCGAGCACCUGUGCACCAGGUGCCCCGAAAGCGACCUCCGCAGCGUGGGCAGCGCGUUUCCGGCCUUCUCCCCCGCGUGGUCCUCAACCCCCGGCCUUGGAGCGGGAGAUCGCGCCCCCGAUCAGGCCCAGAAUAAGCCACUUUCGACGCCAAGGCUCCGCCCCGGGGUUUCCCCGAGUGCGACGGGGAGUGCGCGCUGGCUGGCCGAGCCGAGCGAGCUCUCACUACUUGCAUUCGCUCCUCGCUCCGACCGUCAGUUUACUAAUAAGAAGUGUGCUAGACCAUUCAUUGCGUGCGUCCGCUCUCUCGGCUCAGAAUGGCGACCGGUGCCGACGUCUGAAGACCUCUUCAGACGUUCUCCGCCAGUGCGUCCCGCGCUCCGUAGCUCUAGCUAGCUUCGAUUUUCCCAAACUUUCACUAGAAAGAGAGAGACACAUACACACACAAAGCGAACCAUGUCGUGGCACGCGCGCAGCAACUCCGCAGUGACCCAAGGUGACCAGGGCAGUGGUGUGCUUUCAGACUGGUCAUCCAAAUGCGUUGAGGACGAGGACAACCUUGACUCUGGUUUGGUCGCCUCGGAACAGUCGCUCGUGUCCGAUCAGGAGUUGAGCCAGAAGAGGGACUCCGCCUUCCACGAGUCCGAAGAGAACCUGCUCUCGAGCGUCUCCUCCAUGCGGUACGACCACCAGGACUCGGGCCUCGGACUCAACGAGCACUUCAGUGGGCUCAGCCUUAAGUCGUACCUAAAUGACCUCAACUCGCCCCCGUCGCCGACCAGCACCACCUUUACGCCCUCUUCGCCGACCGGCUCCUGUCAAAAGGUGCCCCUGUCGCCGCAGAAGGAGCAGCAACAGCAGCAGACGGACGGCAAUAUUGCCCUGGCAGAGCUUUACUUCCAACAGGACGAGGAUGGCGACACGCAGCUGCACAUCACCAUCAUCCAGGGCUUCAUUGAGGCUGUGUGUAGUUUGAUAAGAAUGGCGCCAGACCCGUCGUUUCUUGACAUAGCUAACAACUACCACCAGACUCCGCUCCACCUGGCCGUGUUGACGAAACAGCACCGUAUCGUGCGCGUGCUGCUGGUUGCAGGUGCCUCCCCGAACCUCAAGGACUUAAACGGAAACACUGCUCUGCACCUGGCCAGCGAGCAGGGAUUCACGGAUUGCGUUCACGCCCUUCUGCAGCCCAUUACCGUCGAGGAGAUGUCCAACUCGGGACUAGUGUUCACUCAGCCUAGAUACCUUUCCAAGCCAGCGCUGCUCGAAGAGCGAAAUUAUGAUGGUCAGCUCUGUGUUCAUUUGGCAGCCGCUGGCGACCAUGCAGAUGUAUUGAGACGUCUCGUGUGGGCAGGGGCCAACAUCAACGCUCGAGAGCUCAAGUGCGGGCGCACAGCAUUACACGUAGCAGCAGAGCGCGGCAAGAAAGCCGUGUGGACCACGAUCCUGACAGAUCCCGAUUGCUGCAGAAAAGUCGACCUGUCCCUGGAGACGUACUCAGGGUACACUGCCUACCAGCUGGCGCUCUACGCUGACCUGAGCUUAGCAAAGGAGCUGUCGCAGCGAGGGUUCGCGAACCCCUUACCCGUGGAUGAAGAGUCUGACUCGGAUGACGAAAUGGUUCUGAGUCAUAAAAGGCCUGUCGAGGGCUUCUUUGGAGCAUUCAACGGCCUUAUGUCCACGAGUCGCCCGAUUAUGAGCGCCUGACCAACCCUUCGGAAUCAGUGAUGAUGGGGGGCAAAAACGGAAGUACUAUGGGUCACAAACACACUUUAGAAAAAAGAAAUAUUGCCUAGUUGUAAGGGGAGAUGAUAUAUUAAUUAACUGCUGACGAACGCGCAAGCGAGUGAUACAGUGACCAAAAUAUCAUUUAUUGUAAAAUGUUGAACACGCAGACACUGGCCAUUACUAAGUAAAACAAGACUGUAUUACACUUAUUAACUUUCAUUGUGGUGUGCCUGGCGAUUGUGAAGAGAAAUGUGCAAACCAAAAUCAUUGAACUGCUGCGGUGUGCAGAGGCAAGAAUUGGCUGGGGUGAGUGAGCAAGUUCGUGGGGGAAAACGCACCUUUUGGUGCCCAAUUCACAAUCAAUAGUUCAGCUUGUACCUGAGUGAGGGCGUGAAUGAAUUGCGACACUUAAUUUCCUAGCAUGUAAUUUUUCUGUUAGCAUGUAAACCAUGACACAAAAAGAUGUUAUUAAAACAAGAACGUAAUGUUCCAAUCACAAGAAAA